AUGCUGCACAAUUCUGCUGUGAAAAUAUGAAUAUUUAGCGGUAUUUCAGCUCCACUGCGGUAGUUUAGGGUGCGUUAUGUCCGGGAGCCUCCAUGUACGUUGCUCAUAGGGACAUUUUCCGCUGUUGUUUGAUUUUUGUAGGUUUGUGUCUGGUUUUAUGAAGAGUUUGUGAGAAUGGAGGAGGCGGCGAUGGAGUCAUCAGAUUCCACCCUGAACCUGAGCCUCUCUGAAGCCUGGGACUCAGCCACGAAGGCUCUGCUAUCCCCCUCUUCUCUGCCUCUCUCAGAUUCCCUGUCUGUGCUUAGAGCUCACGGUGUAGAGUGUUAUUUGGGCGGUUUCCUGUUGGAGGCGUUGCAGAUGCGUUUAUCGGAGUCUGUGGUUCCUGAGUUUUGGUCUGGACUAAAGCUACCGGAGAACGAUGUGGACGAGAGGGGCCGUGCCGGGGUCCUGGUCUCUGCUUUUCAGACACUGCUCGACAGACUGGACCCUCUGCUCCGUGCCCUGGAGCGUCUGCAGCCCCCCCUCAGCUCUGCCCGAGCCCCUGUCUCCGCCCCUGUCUCCCUCUCUGACCGCGCCCACACAGUGAUCCGGGCCCUGCUCCUGUCGCGCCCCUGUCCAGAGCUGGAGGAGAGAGUUCUGGAGUUCUACAGUCGAACCUUCUCUGUGUACAUGAGGCAGGAGGGGGGAGAAGGAGGGGAGGGGCCGGAGGAGGGGGCUGACGGCCAGGAGGGGGCGCUGUGUGCUGGGUGUGCGGUGCCCACAGACCAGUGCUGGUGCAGAGAGGCCCUGGAGCAGCUGCAGCGCCUCAGCCACGUCCUGUGUAAACUACAGCUCCUGGAGUGGGUGAGUUCAAAGGCAGUAACUCAGAUCCUGCACAAACUGAUCGAGCAGCGGAUGGAGAGACACUGCAGGGGAGAGUAUGAGCGGUCCUUCCUCAUGGACUUCCAGGAGUGGUUGGAACAGGUGUUGGGUUGGCUCAGGAAAGUCUUCUCCAGUGAAGCGGACAGGGGCCUCUCCUCCUCUGCCUCUUCCAGCUCCCCUGUCUCUUCUCAGGCUCACGUCCUCUCCACAGCCCCUGUUCCUGUGGAGGGUCCUGGUUCUCCCAUGGAAGCUGUCUGUCCCGUCAAUGCUGCGUCCCCAGUGGGCCUUUCCAUGGGUGCUGGGUCUCCCUUGGGUGCUAGCUCGGUGCUGAAACAGUGGAGGUGUCACAUGCACCAGUUUUUCUGCAGAAUUUACGUUAACAUGAGGAUCGAGGAGCUGUUCAGUAUCAUACGAGAUUUCCCGGAGUCCAAACCCGCCAUUGAGGACCUGAAGUUCUGUUUGGAGCGAACGAACCAGAGACAGCAGCUGCUCACAUCACUGAAGACUGCGUUUGAGAGCCGCCUACUGCACCCAGGUGUGCACACAUCUGAUAUUCUGACUGUUUACAUCUCAGCUAUUAAAGCUCUGAGAGAACUGGACCCUUCUAUGGUCAUCCUGCAGGUUGCCUGCCAGCCCAUCCGCAAGUACCUACGGACUCGUGAGGACACUGUUCGUCAGAUUGUGGCUGGUCUGACCGGAGACGCUGAGGGAUGUACAGACUUGGCCUCAGAGCUGUCCAGAGGAGACCCAGUGACUCUGGAGCUACAGGAGAGUGACGAAGAGGGAACUGAUCCAGAGGAGUGGACGCCCGAUCCAACUGAUGCUGUGCCUGAUAAAUCAGGCCCGAAGCGGCGCUCCUCUGACAUCAUCAGUCUGCUUGUCAGUAUCUAUGGCAGCAAAGACAUCUUCAUCGACGAGUACAGAGCCGUGUUAGCCGACCGACUGCUACACCAGCUCAACUACAGCACUGCCAGAGAAAUCCGAAAUGUGGAGCUAUUGAAGCUGCGUUUUGGAGAGUCUCACAUGCACUACUGCGAGGUUAUGCUGAAGGACAUGGCGGACUCACGAAGGAUAAACGGAAAUGUUCGUGAAGAAGAGUCCCGUCUGAACAAAGAGGAGCAGCCAUCUCUUCCUCUCUCCGCCAUCAUCCUCUCCUCUGAGUUCUGGCCCACACUGAAGGAGGAGAAACUAGAGCUUCCCCCGGUGGUGAAUCGGGCCAUGGAGGAAUACACACACCGCUAUGAGAAGCUAAAGGCCAUGCGCACUCUGAGCUGGAAGCCUCACCUGGGCUCAGUGACUCUGGAUGUGGAGCUGGAGGAUCGAACCAUCACAAACCUCACAGUGUCUCCCAUCCAUGCAGCUAUAAUCCUGCACUUCCAGGACAAGAGUGAGUGGAGUCUGGAGGAGUUGAGCGCUCAGCUCGGGGCCCCUCGGGACCUGGUGCACAGGAAACUGGCCCUGUGGCAGCAGCAGGGAGUUCUCCGGGAGGAAGCAGGGGGACGCUAUAGCGUCAUGGAGACGGGCUCAUCCAGAGAGAAACUGGAGCGUGGAGUGAUGCUCAUUGACAGUGACGAAGAGCGGGAUUCGAACACAACCACACAGUCUGAGCAGAGGGAAGAGAAAUUACAGCUAUUCUGGGCAUACAUUCAGGCCAUGCUCACAAACCUGGACAGUAUGACACUAGAGCGUAUCCACUCAAUGCUGAGGAUGUUCGUCGCCACGGGACCUGUCGUUACAGAGAUGGACGUGGAGGAGCUGGAGGCUUUUCUGCAGCGAAAGGUUCGGGAGCAUCAGCUGAUUGGGUCUGCAGGGGUCUACAGGCUGCCCAAGUCCAAGUGAGGGUCCACAAGCCAUACAAGAAUCAGUAAAAACAAUAUAAAAUCGAACUCUGAUUCCACCAUCUCAACCAUGUUUCAGAAGUAUAACUGCCAUUUCUUCACUUUGAAAUAAAUACAUUAAUUUUUAUAAAUGAGCAGAAAACAAAUGAGUUAUUUGAAAAUCUGAAAUCCAGAUGGGCUUAAAGGUGGGCAGAACUGUUCAAGUCUAUGCUUACACACGCACCUGUCCUAUUGGUCAACCUCUUAUGGUCUGAUGGAGUGACAAGUGGAUUAAACCAGUAAGUCAAGUGAACUCUAAGAAGAUGCGACCUCGGCUUAAAGAAAAUGAAUUAUUUGCUAUAUCGCUCACCUCACCAAGGACUGAUGGGAGAUGUUGGGUCCUUAGAUGGGAAAAUUGCUCCAGGACUGUCACCAUGACUUUUGAGAACUUCUUAAAAAAAAAAAAAAUACAGUACAGUGUACAAGUGAUGAGACUCUAUCCACAAAGCACUUAACUGUUUUCAAAUAAAUGUUUCAAUGUUGGAUC